AUGUUCCGAGACUAUGACACGAGCACUGCGCUCACGCGAACAAUGACUCCAAUGCAGCUGGGUCGAGCUCUACAUUUUCUCGGGUUGGACGUCGGAUCCGAGGACUGCCGUCUGUUGGCCAAGAAGUUUGCCGAUCCGGUCACAAAGUAUGUUAAUUAUGCAGCCCUCUGUGAAUCCAUCGACCCCAUGUUCCAGGCUUCGGCCCCCGUCAAAGACUUGACUCAACAAAGUGGAGAGGAGGAUGCCGGACCGCCGCCAAAGAUUGGGGAUUUUGUGAAACCAGCACAACGCUGCGACUGGGAUGCCAUAUCUACGCCAAUUGCGAAGUCGAGUGGAGACUCGGCUGCUCUGGAAACCCUGAUGGCCCGCAUACGUCAUUUGGUCUUAGUGAAUCGAAUUCGACUAAAGGGCUUCUUCGAAGACUUUGACCCCCUGCGGAUUUUUACACUGCCAGAACUGGAGAAGCGGCCCCUGGUACGUGUACCUCCUCAGGAAAUCUUCCUAGUUCCGAAACCGGGAUUCGGUGACUGGAGUUCUGCGACGGAGGAAAUGCGUGAGAACUACGAACACGGGAUGAGAGCGCUUCGGCGUACUGUACUGGAACGCAGUCUACAGCUGAAACCUGAGUUUUUGGCCUUUGACAAGUAG